AUGGCGGGCGCGGCGCGGACGGUCGCCAAGAGGCUCUCGGUGGAGGGCAACAUCGCCGCGGGCAAGUCGACCUUCGUGGGGCUGCUGCGCAGAGCCUUCCCCGAGUGGCGCCUGACGGCCGAACCGGUAGCCAAGUGGCAGGAAGUCCGAGCCGCCGCCGCCGCCGCCGCCGCCCCCCAGGUAGACUUCGGGAACCUGCUUCAGAUGGUCUAUCGGGAGCCUUCCCGAUGGUCCUACACCUUCCAGACCUACUCGUGUCUGAGUCGGCUCAAGGCACAGCUGGAACCCCUGGCUGCUGAGACCCCAAAGACGCAGGAACCGGUGCUGGUGUUCGAGAGGUCUGUCUACAGCGACAGGUACAUCUUUGCAAAAAAUCUCUUUGAGAUUGGCCACAUGACUGAGAUUGAGUGGAUCAUUUACCAGGAUUGGCACACCUUCCUCCUGCAAACCUUUGGGGACCAACUUGCCCUCCAUGGCUUUCUUUAUCUCCGGGCCCCUCCAGAGGUCUGCUUUGAGAGGCUGCACUGGCGAUCCAGGCCUGAAGAGAAGGGGCUCCAGCUACCUUACCUGGAGCAGCUUCAUGUCCAGCAUGAAAACUGGCUUGUGAAGAAGGCUACUGUGAUCCAUUCUGAAGCUUUAAGAGAUGUGCCUGUCUUGAUUCUAGAUGUCACAAAGGAUUUUGAGAAUGAUCCAAAUGAACAAAGCAAGCUUGUAGGCCAGGUGAAAACUUUUAUGAAAACUCUUUUGUUCUGA